CCGAAUUUUGCUCUAAAUACUCUUGUGGUCCAUGCUUGGAAGGCUUUCGCUGAGAUAUCUGAUAUUUGUGUGGUUUGGUGCUGCGGUGAGAGGGGACUCGCAGCCCUGUCAAGAAGAGUCCUCAGCCUUGUUUCAAUUUGGCAGCUCUUGGCCGGGGGAUGAGUUGGAGAUAUGUCAGGUGAAUACUGGUUUGCAAGUACGGCCUACCAGCACAUGCUCAGACUUCGCCCAUGGCUCGCUGGACUUAAACCAAGAAUCAGAUGGUGACGCUGACUGGACCCAUGCCAAGUCCUCCAAGUCGUCCUCCAAGUCGUCCUCCAAGUCGUCCUCCAAGUGCAAAGCACACUUGAAGAUACAGGCACUCAGAGGUGAGACUGAAUCGGCGCAGAUUCUCCUACGCAUACCAUCCACGUUGACCUGGAGUCGAACAGGCACCACCGUCACAUCAAACAGCUUCGUAGGUAUACCUCAUGGAGUCGAAUGCAAAGCACUGCAGGUGGGCUUUUGCCUCUGGUCGCGUUCCUGACAGUGGAGGUGGUUGGCGCCCAGAUCCAUUGCGACCGUUAGUGUCUGCGGGAGUUCCUAGCAACGUCGCUCAACCACUUUGGGUCCAAUGCUUUGUCAGUGAGCUCGCUGACGCUGGACGUCAUGAAGCUGAGCUUCUACUGACCUUGCAUCCUGGAGGAUCCGUUUGUGUGGACCUCUCGUUGGAAAUUUGGAACGUUAGCAUCCCUUCCCUGGAGCAGAGCAAGGUUGGGAGCGCAUGGCGGGGAAUGUGGCGAUCGCCUGAGUUCGAGCCUUAUUAUGGCCCAGGGUACUGGGAGAAGAACAAGCAGACCUGGUUUGAUUUGAUGCUAGACCAUCGCACUCCGCCUGACAUGGUGCAAAAGCAUCCCAGGCCUAUAGAUGAUUUUGUCUACAUCAGCGGCAAAGGCACAAAGUGGUUGGGCAUCCUCAAUGUUGGAGGUUACAAGUCCGGGCACGCAAAUGGCUGCCCGCAGUACACAGACAAUGACAUAGAAAGCAUCCUGCAGAACAUCAAGCCAACACUAGAAGCGCUGCAGGACAAGAAACUUCAGAACCGGAGCUAUGUCUAUGGCUUUGAUGAAGUGCCAGCUCAUUGUGAGCCCCAACUGCGGCAGGUUUUUGGUGCUGUGAAAGAGGCUUUCCCCGGUUUGAACACAAUGGCAGCGAUCAACUGGGAACAUCUUCCCACAGAUUUGCCCCUCGAUAUUUGGGUGUUGCAGUACCAGUUGUUUGACCAGUUUGGUCCUGAAGCCUCACGCACUUGGACAGAAGCAGGAAAAGAUCUGUGGCUCUAUCAUUGCAUCGAGCCGGGUGGGCCUCAAUAUCUCAAUACAUUUGCUGAACGGCCCUCCAUUCAGGGACGGUUGCUGUUCUGGUUGGCGGCACUCUGGGAGAUACAAUAUGGGAGGCCCACUGGCUGGCUCUACUACGAGAUGAAUGUUUGGAAACCUUGUAAUGGGCCCACUUGUGGUGGCGCAGUUCACAAACAUCCCAUUGCCUGGUUAAGCGAGGGCGACUUCCGUGGCACAGCGUUUACUGAUUGGCCGGAAGCGAAUUUCAUAUGGCAAGGGCAAUAUGACACAAUUUUUGCCAAUGGCGAUGGACAGUUUGUUUAUCCCUGCCCCGAUGGUCCCUGUGGAAGUGUCCGCUUGGACGCAAUUCGAGAUGGCCUAGAAGACUGGGAACUCUUCCGAGCAGUGGGCUCUGAAGCAGUGCCAUUGAUCAAGCGCGUAGUGCAAUCACCGACCAAGUGGAACGCUGAUCCACAGCAGGUUCUCUCAAUCCGCGCAGAAGCUGCGAAGAUUCUGAUGACCAGAAAUGCAAACUUGGGUUGAGAUUUAUCUAAAUUUGAAUAUAUAUUUGCAUGUGAUAUUUGGCAAGUUUGAACCCUUCAAGUUUUUGAGACCGAAUUGUGCAUUGUAGAUCAGCCACAUGUGUUUCAAGUUUGUGGCUGGAUGUGGCUGGAGAAACAGGGAUGUUGGCGCAAGAAAUGCAGAGCCUUGCCGC